GCAGCGAUAGUUUCGGCAACAUACCGCUACUUUGAACAACCAAACGUUAUUCCAAAUGCGAGAAAAUAACAAAGAUGGCUGAGGAACAGGAGGUGUGUCAGAUAGAGUUGCUGUGUAAGCAGCUGUACGAGUCACAGGACCCCAGCCUUCGGGACCAGGCAGAGAAGGCUGUUGUUGCUUUUCAGGAGUCCCCGGACACGCUGAGCAAGUGCCAGGCGCUGCUGGAGCGCGCAGACUCCAGCUACUCACAACUGCUCGCCGCCACCACGCUCGCCAAACUCAUCAGCAGAUCAACAUCAAGUUUGUCCGUGCAGCAGAGGCUCGACAUAAGGAACUAUGUACUCAACUACCUGGCCACAAGGCCCAAACUCGCCAAUUUCGUUGUACAGGCGUUGGUGUCGUUAUUCGCACGGAUCACGAAGCUGGGGUGGUUCGACAUGGUCAAGGAAGAGCUGGUGUUCCAAAACGUGAUGAACGAUAUCGCCAGCUUCUUACAGGGACCAGCAGAAGUGUGCACCAUCGGCGUGCAGCUCCUGUCCCAGCUGGUGCUGGAGAUGAACCAGGUGUCGGAGGCAGACGCAAACCGGUCGCUCGCCAAGCACAGGAAGAUUGCCUCCGCGUUCAGGGACAGUCAGCUGUUUGAGAUGUUCCGUCUCUCUUGCUCGCUGCUGGGCGCGGCGCGCGGCAAGUCACUGGACCUGUCAGACGGGUCGCAGCACGCGCUGGUGGCGGCGCUGCUGCGGCUCGCGCACAACUGCCUCACAUUCGACUUCAUUGGCACCACAAGUGACGAAUCCUCCGACGAUCUCUGCACCGUACAGAUCCCGACAUCGUGGCGUCCCACGUUCCUAGAAUCGGCAACUCUAGACUUAUUCUUCGAGCUUUACCACGCUCUAGGCGGCGCACUGGCCAGCCUUGCGCUAGCGUGUCUAGUGCAGCUGGCCAGCGUGCGACGCUCACUGUUCAGCAACAACGAGCGGGCCAAGUUCCUCAACAGACUCGCCGCCGGCGUCGUCAGGAUACUGGAGAACACACAGGGCUUACAAGACCCGACGAAUUACCACGAGUUCUGCCGCCUCCUCGCCCGGCUGAAGACAAACUACCAGCUCGGCGAGCUCGUCAUGGUAGACAAUUACCCGCGGCUCAUCGAACACAUCGCAAAGUUUACCGUACAGAGCCUACAGAUGUGGCAGUUCGCGCCGAACUCAGUGCACUACCUGCUGUCGCUAUGGCAACGCAUGGUGGCGUCAGUGCCUUAUGUGAAGGCAGCGGAGCCCCACAUGCUGGAGGCGUACGCGCCCGGGGUCACAGCCGCCUACAUUAACUCAAGGCUCGAGUCGGUCACUGUCCUUGUCAGGGACGGAUUAGAAGACCCCCUGGACGACGUCGGCACAGUCCAGCAGCAGUUGGAGCAGCUGUCCGUGAUAGGGCGCUGCGAGUACGGGAAGACCUGCCAACUGCUCGUGGCGCACUUCGACCGCGCCGCCGCCGCAUACAGCGUGGACACCACGCCGCAGCAGACGCGCGUGCUGCAAGGGCAGCUAACAUGGCUGGUGUACAUUAUCGGCGCGGCGAUCGGCGGCCGCGCGUCGGUGAACACGUGUGACGAGAACGACGCCAUGGACGGCGAGCUGGUGUGCCGCGUGUUGCAGCUGAUGGACCUCACCGACUCCAGGCUGGCCAGGGGCGGCUGCGAGAAGCUGGAACUGGCAAUGAUGUCGUUCUUCGAACAGUUUCGUAAGAUCUACGUCGGCGAACAAGUCCAAAAGAACAGCAAAGUAUACCGGCGGCUGUCGGAAGUCCUGGGGCUGCACGAGGAGAGCCAACUGCUCUCCGUGCUCAUGAGGAAGAUAAUAACAAACCUCAAGUACUGGGGCGGGUCUGAGCAGAUGAUAGCGCGUACCCUUGGCCUUCUCUCAGACCUAAGCGGUGGUUACUCGUGCGUCAGGAAGCUGGUGAAACUGGACGAGGUGCAACUCAUGCUGACUCAUCACACUGCGGAACACUUCCCCUUCCUCGGGAUAACCGGCGUGGGCACAUCGGAGAUGCGUUGCCGCACGAUGCUGUACACGGCCCUCGGCCGGCUGCUGAUGGUGGAGCUCGGGGAAGAUGAAGACAAGUUCCACGCGUUCAUGAUGCCCCUUACAGCCGCAUUCGAGAGUAUUAUAGGGCUGCUAGGCCCGCCGGAGAGCCCUAUCUUCGCGUCGGAAGACGCAAAGAAGACGCUGAUAGGACUCGCGAGAGACCUCCGAGGGUUGGCCUUCGCGUUCAACACUAAAACCACAUACAUGAUGCUGUUUGAUUGGAUCUACCCGUGCUACAUGCAAAUCCUCCUUCGGGGCAUUGAACUCUGGUUCGCGGAGCCCACAGUGACCACGCCGGUCCUGAAGCUGACCGCGGAGCUCGCCCAGAACAGGAACCAGCGGCUGCACUUCGACGUCAGCUCACCCAACGGCAUCCUGCUCUUCAGGGAGCUCUCCAAGGUCAUAUGCGCUUAUGGUAGCAGAAUCCUUACAAUAGACGUGAGCAAGAAACAGAUGUACAGCAUGAAGCUGAAGGGUAUCUCGCUGUGCUUCUCCAUACUGAAGGCGGCGCUCUGCGGGAACUACGCCAACUUCGGAGUGUUCAGGCUUUACGGGGACGAGGCGCUGGACAACGCGCUCAAUAUGUUCGUCAAACUAUUGUUAAGUAUACCACAGAACGAUUUACUGGAUUAUCCGAAAUUGUCACAAACAUACUAUGUGUUACUGGAAAGAUUAGCACAGGAUCACAUGCCAUUCCUAGCGUCGCUACAACCUGAGGCUACGCUGUACAUACUCUGCUCGAUAUCAGAGGGACUGACCGCUUUAGACACGAGUGUGUGCACGGGGUGUUGCGCGACGCUCGACCAUAUAGUCACAUAUCUAUUUAAGCAAUUAGUACAGAAAUCAAGCAACAAAGUGAGCAACCCACGGCAGCCCCCGCCUGAGAGCAGCAAUAUGUUCAUCGAGGUGUUACAACGCCGACCAGAAAUCAUGCAGCAGCUGCUGGCCACAGUCCUGAACGUGAUAAUGUUCGAGGACUGCUGCAACCAGUGGUCGAUGUCGCGACCACUCCUGGGUCUGAUCCUGCUGAACGAGUCGCAGUUCGCACGGAUCAGGAGCGAGAUGAUCGCGCAGCAACCGCGAGACAAGCAAGCGCAGCUGGCCCAGUGGUUCAGCGGGUUGAUGCAGGGCAUCGAGCCCAACCUGCUCACCAAGAACCGCGACAGAUUCACACAAAAUCUCUCGAUGUUUCGACGAGACAUCAAUGACUUACUCAAGGGUACAGCUGUCAACACGAGUUCCUCCGUCAACGACAUGAUGACGUAACUAUAGGUGGUCGCGAGCUGUGUUGUAGGGUGUACUGCGGGUUUCAUACGAUAUUUAAAUUACGUCUUAUAGUGAAAAUAUUGUGAGCACCUCUGAAAAAUUACGUUCUAAUGUGAGUUCUCAGCGGUGAAGGAAAACAUCGUGAGGAAACCCACAUUCCCGAGAAAUGCUUUUUCGGAGGUAUGUGAGCUAACCUGUAUUGGGCUGGUUUCUUCGCGGGUUGGAAUGUCAGACAGGCAGUCGCUUCUGUAAAAAACUGGACAUGUCAAAUCAUCAGGUUAGGUAAGCGGACUCUGUGAAAAACGGGAUAAUUCUGAGGAGUUGACUUUCAGAUUAAUCGAUUAAUAUUAUGUUUCUGGGUUUAUUUUUUUUUUUGAGCAUAUGUCCUUUUCCCCAAAUGUUGUAUGUAACUCGCAGUGUUGCCAUUUUAUGAAUUUUAUGUCAUAGGAAUAUUUCAAGUUGUGUAUAUUAAAUGUUUUUGGAUAUCACAACUCGUAGGAGUUAAAACUUGGAGGCGAUAAGGGAGUUCCAAGUGAAGUUCCCAAAAAAAAUAAUAGAUGGCGUUCCUUUAACGUGAUAAUCGGGGUCGUGUAUAGGUUCAAGAUAAAUUAUGAAAUUCUGAUUACUAAAUAAACACAGAACUAAAGGUGACAAAAAAAGAUUUAUUUUUUCUAUUUAACUUAUUCAUGAAUUUUAUUAAAGAAAAAUGUAAUAAUAAGGGUGAAUAUCAAAAUGUGUCAAGUUUGGUGGCGAACUGUCAUAUAAUUUUUUCGUGAAAAAUUGGGGAAAUUGGGAAUUGAAAAAUUCCUUUUUCUUGAUCUUUUUCAUGUCGGAACCCAAUUUUUCACGAAAAAAUAAUAUAAAAUUUCGCCACCAAACUUGAAAUUUUGAGAUUCACCCAUAAGUCCGACAUUUUGUCACGUUCUAUGAUGUCACAGUGAGCAUUUUCAUACAAAUUCAAUUGUGAUUUCGUGUUUUGACGUUUAGAAAAAAGUAACUGAUUUGACUAGUUGGAAACUACCCUAUAGUGAAAUUGGCGCGCGGCGCGGUUGCCGUUUUGAGGUUACUUUAGUGAUAUUCUUCAACAAAACCACAAUUAAAAUUAAUCAAAUUAAUUCCGGGUAAUCUGCACCACAAUUUUAUACCACGAUUGAAACUAUGUAACGAAGUGUAAAACUGUAUGAGAUAGGCAAUACAUUAUCAAUUAAUUAUCCUAAUUUGUUUGUAUGAAACUUGACAUUGGUUGUAUGAGAUGUAAAUAGUUACUUUAAAUAUAAUAAAAUUGUGAUUUGUACAAAGUUA